AUGCCUUUUCUUAGACCAAUUAUCUAUUUCUUGCUAAGCAAUAUUGGGGCCGCUCUAGAGCUGCCCGGUACUAAUAGCGAGCAUUUGACUAGUUUCGAAGAUGAUUCUGCAGUUUAUGGGAUGCAAAGCACCUCUGUACCGAGCAAUUUCAAAAACACUGAGGUUCAUCGUUUGACAGGCAAUGUGACGGUUCAUUCCUGGGUGCACUCGCAUAAUGAUUACACCCGUGAUAGGCCACUUUUCGAUGCCAUCUCGUAUGGCGUUGUUAGUAUCGAGGCCGAUGUCUAUCUCCGCGGCAAUAAUAGGCUAGCUGUGGCACAUGUUCCGAUGGACGUCAGAGAUGCCAAAGACCUGCGCGAGCUAUAUCUAGAGCAUUUAGAGCGAUUGCUGGACGAAGUGAAUCAACAGGGCCAGGAUUCAUGGCAAGGUAUAUUCUACAAGUAUCCCACGCAGUCGCUACAGUUGCUCAUAGACUUGAAGAAAGACGAUGAUAAACUCUAUACUGUACUCAUGGAUGACUACCUCAAACCGCUCAUAGAUAAGGGUUAUCUUUCCUACAUCGAGAUCAAGACAGAGGAGAUUGUCCGACGUCCCCUGACUGUGGUGCUGACUGGGGAACGCCCCAAAGACCAAAGAACUGUGGACGGUGACAGGAACGAAGGCUACUUCUCCGAUGGCCGCCGCUACGUCUUCAUUGACUUCGAAAUUGGAAGAAUGGUAUGUGACAAGGCUCUCUACGGGCCAUCAGUCCUUGCCUCCGGUAAUCUGGUACUGACGCUGGCGAAGUGCCUGAAAUCAAUGGAUAUCGGGAAGUUUGCUUCGGACCCCACUGACGAGCAGAUCAGAUGUCUACGAAAUGUCAUUAAGUCAGGGACAGCACAUAUGAAUACAAGACUGUGGGGGGGACCUAGUGCCCCCGAUAGCUUGCGAGACCGGUUGUGGAAACUGCAACUGGAGGCAGGCAUCAAUAUGCUAAACGCGGACAACCUCGCAGCCGCGGUUAAGAUCGGUCAAGAAUACUUUGGCUGA